CCCGACUCCGGACCAACCUUGCAGCUUGUUUUCCUUGUUUUCUUUCUCGCUGCAUUCGAGAUAGUCCACAUGACAAGCACCAAUGAGCAAUAUGAAAACCCCAUCAGACGAAAACGCACAAUUGUAUGCUCAAGAAUUCAACCAAAUGACAACAUUGAAAAAUAACGAAAUCAAACUUCCCCUUGAAAGUACAGAACCCAUCAACAAACCAGAUGACACGUAUAUACCUUUUAAUAACAGAGACGUAUCACAUCCUAAUUCGUCUAUUGGUGCGGUGAUACAUCUCGUUAAAAGUUCACUCGGAACUGGUAUUCUAGCAAUGCCUUAUGCUUUUAAAAAUGGUGGUUUAAUUUUUGGUACCAUUGGUACGUUAGUUGUUGGAUUUUUGGUGACUCAUUGCGUCAAUAUUUUGGUUAAGUCAAGUCACGAAAUUUGCAGACGAUCUAGAACACCUUCGUUGGGUUUUUCAGAGACAGCAAAGACAGCUUUCGAGUACGGUCCUCAAUCCAUCAAACAGUGGGCGCCAUUUGCAAGUGUUUUUGUAGAUGUCUGCGUAGUGACAACUUAUUACUUUGGUCUUUCUGUCUAUGUUGUUUUCAUUGCAGACUCAAUUCAACAGUUAAUUCAUCAUUACCUGAAAACAAAUUGGCCGUUGACCUAUUAUAUGCUACUGUUAUUAAUCCCUUUGGUUCUGAUAUGUCAAGUCCGCGAAUUGAAGUACUUGGUACCGUUUUCAUUCUCUGCCAAUGUAUGCCUUGUUGUUACAUUUACGAUAACGCUUUACUACGUUUUCGUUGAUUUGCCUGAAGCGGGCGAUCUUCAGAUGAUGGGGUCGUUUUCGCAGCUCCCCCUCUUCUUUAGCACCGUCAUAUUCGCGAUUGAAGGCAUAGGAGUCGUCAUGCCUGUUGAGAAUAACAUGAAACAUCCCCAUCAUUUUCUUGGAUGUCCUGGAGUCCUAAACAUAGCAAUGUUCAUUAUUACGUCAAUUUUUACACUCAUAGGAUUUUGCGGUUAUCUGAAGUACGAAAAAGAUACGCAGCCAGCCAUCACAAUAAAUCUACCGGUUAAUGAAAUAUUGGCUCAGGUUGCAAAAAUAUGUGUAGUUUUAGCGGUAUUUUUUACGUACGCAUUACUCUUCUACGUCCCCUACGACAUUGCUUGGAGGAAAUGGAUAUCCCCGAAUAUACCUCCCAGGUAUUCGAACUUAGGUCAAGUAUGUGCCAGAACGGUGUUGGUCAGCGGAAGUGUUGCCAUAGCAAUAAUGGUUCCUGGUCUUGAUUUAAUUAUCACAUUGGUGGGAGCAUUGUGUUUCUCGACACUUGGUAUAUUAAUUCCCGUCGCAGUUGACACAAUUGUAAUGUGGGACAGUCCUGGUGUCUUUAAUUGGAGAUUGAUAAAAAAUGGAUUCCUUUUCGCCUUCUACUUGUUCGCCUUGAGUACCGGAACUUAUACAGGAGCGCGUAAGAGAGGCAAAAAAUAUCGAAAUUGAAAAUGCAACUGCAAUUUCAUUAUUUUAUUCGAUAUUUUCUUUGCUUUGAAAACAUCAUUAUUUUAAGUAGGUAUACAUCAUAAAUCUUGAGUCUUGGUGUAAAUUAUAAUAACAUUAAUAGAAUAUUAUUUAUUAAAAGGUGGUGCGCACGCGUGUGUAUGAGCAAAAACAAACUUUUUAACCGUUUUUUUUCUAAUAUUUAUGGUCGGCCCCUCAAAAACAUAGAACAGUUCGUUAAUAACUAAUCCUCUACUUUUGUCCAAUUAGACAAGACAGUAUAAAAAUAAGAAAAAAUAAAGCACAUACAUCUUAUGUACAUCAUACACUUGCCAUUGUAUAAAAAAAUAAAACCGCGCCCCGAAAGCGCCUUCAAUAAUAUAAUAUUAAUAAUAAUACAAAAAAAUAUAUAUUUUAAAUACAGUGCGAUCACCUUUUCUCCCAUAGCAUGUAC